AAUUACUGUUGAUUGGGCUUCAAGAUGAACAGCUAAGGGUUCAUUCGAGGAAUUUUCCCCUGGUUUUUGGGUUCUGGGGGUUUUGGAGAUGGGGAGUUCUAGCGAGGCCAAGGGUAUCGAUUCAUCGGUUGGAGGGUUGGUUUGGGUCCGCCGCCGAAAUGGGUCGUGGUGGCCAGGCAAGAUUUUGGGCCUCGAUGAAUUGUCGGAGAGUUGUUUGGUUUCUCCGAGAUCCGGUACGCCGGUGAAACUUCUUGGUCGCGAAGACGCAAGCAUUGACUGGUACAAUCUUGAGAAAUCUAAGAGGGUGAAGGCAUUCCGAUGUGGAGAAUACGAUGAAUGCAUUGAGAAGGCAAAGGCUUCGGCAGCGAACUCGUGUAAGAAGGCUGUGAAAUAUGCCCGGAGAGAAGAUGCGAUUCUACAUGCUCUUGAGCUUGAGAGUGCCCUUCUAGGCAAGGAUCAGUUGGACUUCAGCUAUAGGACUCAGAAAAAUGAAUCAGAUGGCGAGCGUGACGUCUUAGCCAGUGAAUCUCCUCCUGUAUCUGAUUCUUGUGAAGAAGAAGAAGAAGAGGAAGAAAACGAAGAAGAAGAAGAGGAAGAGGAAGAGGAAGAAGCUAUCGUGACCGAUGACGUUAGUAAUUCUGAAGACGCUUGUCCAAAAAAGAGUAAUUCUGAAGUGAACUCCGAUUCUGCCCCUGAAAUGUCUCAUUCAGAUAUCCCUUCGGAAGAACUUAAUCACGCCAGUGCCUCGAAGGUGCUAUCUGAACAUAGGAGGAGAACACCAAAUGAUUCGGAGGACGAUGGAACGGAGGGUGUUAAGCGUAUGAGAGGACUUGAAGAUUUGGUUAUGGGUUCAUUGGCAAAUGGGAAGUCUCAUGCUGUAGAGCAGCCUGAAAUAGUUCAACAAGAGGAUACUUCUCAUUGUGAUGCGAAUACUGGGAAUUGUAUAACUAAUCGAAAUCCCCCGAAGAUUAUUCAUAUGUAUUCAUCAUCAUUGAGACGAAAGAGAUCACCAGUAGCAACUGUACAGGAAUUCUUGAAAAAGAAAAACCGUCGUCGGCCAUUGACGAAGGUUUUGGAGAGCACAGCAAUGGUAUCGGUUCCAGUGAUUUGCGAUCAGCUUCCUAAUACAUGUAGUUCACCCCUAUGGGGAACAUCUGAUGGUAAAACUUCUGAAAUAGAUUCUGAGUUAAAGAGAAGUAGUUCGUUAGCAACUAUCAAUAGUUCAGAUGGCAAUGGCGCUGCAGUUUCUUGUGACAAUGAAGCAUCGAUAAUUGCCUCUGAAAUGUCUAAGGCAAAGGAAAAUGAAGUCUCCAGUAUAUCCGAGAAUAACUCUUUGGACAAGCUAUUUGACGUGCCGUUUGUUGCAGAGGAGAAGCACGUUGACGGUCUUUCUCCUACAAAUCCCUCUUCAUCUGGUAGGUCGACGGUCGGUUCUUUAGGAAAGCCGUCCGAUCAAAGUAAUCCAACCGGGUCUUUGGAAAAUGAGGCAACGAAGGAACCCGACUCCACAACUUCGGUUGCGACUCGUAACGAUAAUACUAACCAAAAGAUCGAGAGAGGUACUUCGAGGUGGCAGUUAAAAGGAAAGAGGAAGUCGAGGCAUUUAAGCAACUACCGAAAACAAGAUUCAAAAAUUUCCCUAGAUAUGGAUGAUGCAUCUGGUUCUUGCUUGGCAGGUAAAGUAGAUAUCAAUGGCGUUGGUAUAUCCCCAUCUGCAAGUAAUUGUAGCCUACUAGCUAAGUCCAAGAAAUUUGCUGAAAGUCAGAUGGAUGGACUCUGUGAAUGGGGUAAACAAAUAUCUUACAGGAAACCUCAUACGAGUGAACCGAAAACCGAGGCGAAACAAUUACUUGAUGACUCUCUGGUACCUCAAAAACUGCUUCCUUUUCGCCAGUCCCGCUUUACGAUUCAUUCUCGAUAUCAGAUGCCAGAAUUUUACGUUAGAAACUACGGAGCUAAUUCGGUAUUAUACGAUGUUGAGCUUGAGGUGAAAGCUAGCUAUAGGCCUCAGCAUGUUCCAUUGGUUUCUCUGAUGAGCAAAUUGAAUGGUAAAGCCAUAGUUGGUCAUCCUCUCACAGUUGAAAUUGUGGAUGAUGGGUACUGCGAUUCCUUGUUGAGCCAAGCAGAUACUGAACCGGAAGGCGACGAACACCGUUAUGCAACAGUCAAGCACACUGCACCGGUGAGAACUCAAUCGAAACAGUCAAAACAGUCACCAUCACAACCUGGUUUCUCGCCCAGCAAAUCGCCGAGAAUGAAAAAAACCGGGCAUUUAUGUAAGAAGAUCCGCAAACUAUCUUCGCUGACAGGUAAUCGACACCAAAAUCAGCUGAAACGUAUGGUACAGAAGUCUAACGACCAUGUCAUCACUUGCAUCCCCCUUAAAGUAGUGUUUAGUCGGAUAAAUGAAGCAGUGAGCGGUUUAACCCGACCAUCACACCAUGCCUUAACAUAAGGCAGGCGUCCCAUGAAUUAGGUGUUAGGUGUGUUGUUUUGUGCUGAUUUAGACAUUUAGAGCAGCAUUCAACAUUAAGUGUACAAUUUGUUUGACAUUUUGAUAUUGUAGAGAGGAAGGGGUAGGAGGAGAGGAGUAGGAGGCCUGGUUUCUGGUAGCUCUGUAUAUAUGUAAAACUAGUAGCAGAGUUGUAAAGAUGGUGAUUGGAAUCAUCUCAUAUUUACUUAGUUUCUUUUUUGGUCCUACAAGUCUAACUUCCAUUCCCAUUGUAAUGCUUGUAAACAAUAUUGUCACUAAUUUUUUCUUGCAA